CCACCACCGCCCCCGGGCGCCGCUCCUGCACAUCAACAAGCACCUCGCUGCGCGCCUCGGCCCGCAAGCUCCUCCUCUCGGCGCUGUCGCACGGAGUGUGCAUGCCAUGCGUCCGUGUCUUCUCCUGCGCGCCACCUAGCCGCGCUGCUCCGGGCUCCGGCCCCACGUCGCACGUCCGAGGCCUGCUGCAGAGGCGCCUCGCCGCUGCCCGCACUGGAAGCGACGUCGUCGUCCAGCAUGUCACAGCCAGAUGCGGCGGCGGCGCCUCGGCGCGCGGCACGCGGCUGGUCGGCCCGCGCCAUGCUCGCUGCCGCAGCUGCGGUGGUCCUCGCCGCUGCCCUGCUGGCGCCGGCGGGACGCUAUGCGGCAGUUCGCUCCGUGGACGCCAAGCUUGCGAUGCGUCCUGUCGCGGCAUACGCGGCGCUCGCCAGCGAGCAUGCGGACUCGUCGGCUGAUGCGCUCGACGUCUGGCUCGCCCAGGGCGAGCUGCCGUUCGGGCUCUCGCUCGACCCCGCGGCCGCGCGCAUCGACGGCCUCUGGUUCUGGAUCAACGGCAGCGACGUGCGGCACCGCCUGGCGCGCGCCUACUACGCUGCGCAGCCGGAACACCACGCUGCCGUGCCCCAUGCGCACGCCGCCGGCCUCGCCGCCGAGCCCGAGGCGGCCGUGUGGGUGCCGUCUGCGGCAGAGCGUGACGAUGACGUGAAGCGCGAGCUCGGCAUCGAGCAGGGCGAGGAGUCCAGCGAGCAAUUCUUUGAUGCCGAGGCGCCUGACGAGGGUGCUCAAGUGUCCGACGACGGCAGCGGCGAGGACGCCGCGGCGCUGAGCCUGCAGAACACUGCGAACCGCUUCAGGGACAGCGACGAGCUGCGCUUUUCUCUGCGCAGUGCGCGGGCGGCAUUCGGCGAUGCGCUCGGCACGCAGCACGUCGUGUCGACGGACUUUUGGCCCGGCGGCCUGCCGCACGCCGACGUCGCCGACGGCCUCGAGCUGUGCGACUCGGACGCGUACCAGCAGGCGUUUCUCGAGUGGGCCGAGGCCGCGCCAGACGAGGCGCUCCCGGGCGCAUCGCUGCAGAAGGUCGUCUUUCGCGACUCGAACGGCCUUGCCCGCCACGGCCAGGUCCCGCAGUGGCUCAAUCUGUCGGCGAGCGGGGUCCACGCGCAGCCAGAGCGCCAGUCUGGCGACGUGCCGCUCCUGCGGCUCCACUUUGACUGGAUGCAGGCGCGCCCGCUGUCCAAGGCCCUCGCGCGGCUCACCGCCGCCGGCAGAGAGGCGCUCCUGCAGCGCUGGCGGCUCGCGACGCUGCCGACGUUCAACUCGAUGAGCGCAGAGGCGGUGAUGGGCAUCGGCGUCGACGGACUGUCGGAGUUUUUCUUCUACAGCAACGACGACCAGUUCUUCCAGCGCACCCUCACCGCGUCGGACUUCUUUACGCCGCUGUACGGGCCGGUGCUCCGCCUGGACCCGCGCACGCUGGUGGAGGGCGAUGCGCAGCCGGCCGCCGCCGCUGGGGAGGGCCCGUCGUUGUUCUGGUCCAACCACCUCAUCUCGCAGCGCUUCGGCACGCGCCCGCGCCACUGGUUCCACCACUUUCAGAAGGCCUACUCGCUGCCGCACAUCGUCGAGAGCCGGCGCAUGUUUGCCGCCGAGUUCGACACGGCCGCCGCCUCGCGCUUCCGCGGCAGCGGCAUCCUCGCCAACUCGCACUUUCUCACGUACCACACCAUCAUCGAGCGGCACCGCGAGGCGCUGCUGUGGAGCUUUCUCGUGCUGCGCGCGUGCUCGUCGGCGGCCGGCCGCUACUCGCGCGCCGACCUGGCGCGCGUCUGGCAGGAGCUUGGCGCCACGGACGGCCGGGCCACGAUCGAGGUGCCGAUGCCGCGCCGCGCGACGCUGCGCGGCAUGGCCCGCAACCUCGAGCGCUACGGCUCUGCGCCGGCGCACUCGGCCCGCACGCACUUUUCCUCGAUGGACGGCUCGGCGAGCGCGCGCCUGCCUGCCGACGAGCCCGACUAUCCGUGGCCGCGCUUUACAGGCGGGCGCGCCGUGCCGGCCUGUCGUCUCGACCUCGCGCUCUGCUGGCCCGCCGACGCCGACGCCGCCGCGGUGUUCAAGCGUUUCGCCUUUGAGCGUCCGGCCGAGUGCGGCGACUGCCUCGUUGCGCUGCUCGUCGGCAAGAGCGGGCUGCGCGGCCUCUCCGCCUUUCUGCCGGAGAGCACGCCCUACAGCGGGGUGUCGUCGGUGCUCCAAGACUUGCGCAUCGGCGCGCUCCUCGGCCGCUUCCAGAGCUCGAGCCCGCUGCAGCGCACGGCCGUGCACCUCCCGCUCGACGCCGACUGGCGCGUGCCCGCGUUUGGCCUCCGCGCCGUCGCCGCCCUCAACGGCUGGCAGCUCGACGGCAUGUGCGCGCGCCGCCGCUUCGCGCUCGGCCUCAUCCACCGCUACUCGUACACGGUUGCCAACGACCACGCCUUUUUCUGGAGCUGCCAGGACCCGGACAAUGUUGCCGACGCCGUGAAUGGCCUGCGCGACCUGCGCGACCAGGGCGCCGCUCCGAGCAUGGUGUGUCUCAACGACGACCUCACGGGGAACGCAAGCGCCGUGCAAACGUCGCAGGCGCUGCUGCACGACUGGAUGCGCGAGGCGUUCCCGCACCCGCUGCCGUACGAGCAGGCGUACGAGCAGGCGUACGAGCAGGCGUACGAGCAGGCGUAGCAUCGCAACAGGUAAAGCAUCAUCGCAAUAGAGCAAAUAGAGCGUAUCGCGGCAGGUGUGCAGCGUGAGCAGAUCUCUCCGUGCGGAGAGAUCUGCAGGCCGCCCUUGCCUGAUGCGGCGCAGCGGCGGCGGCAGGCCAGCCUCUCGCAAGCUGGCGCAAGCAAGAGGGCUGGCGCUCAGGCGCACCCUGCAUGUCAGGCCAGGGGGCAGCAGCAGAGCACCAGGCAGCAGCAGAGCGUUAGAAGGGGUUCCCCGGCAGGGGUUGGAAGUUUUUUUCAUGUCAAAAUGUAGCCAG